AUGCUCAUCUUCACGUCCCCCGACAUCGUCAAAGGCAGCUUCGAGCUCGCUAUCGCCCGCAAGAGUCCAGGCACCUACCUCGUCAUUCUUGCUCGCGCGUACGGUAUGGCUGCUACCCGAGAAUACAUCGUCCUCAAUGUCUCUACGCCGCGUUCAACCGUCCCCCCGCUAUCCUCUGCCGGUCGCCCCCUGAUCUGGCUCGACGCGGACCUCGACCGUCAACCGCCCCAUCUCCGACCUCCCAACGGCGUUCUCGCAGCUCUGCGCGCCGCCGACUCUGAGGUCAUACGACCUACGGGGCGUACACAACGCAUGCACGCGAAGCUAGGCGGGGAGCGCGAUGCACAUGAAGUCGAGCUUCUGCUCGACGAGGACCAGCUAGCACGUUCCUGCUGGUACUGUGACGCGCUCGAAGUGGACACGGACGUCCGUGACAACGACCGCUUCCCGCUCUGCAGCGGGGAAGGAUACACGAGCACGUACAUGUGCCAACAGGUGAGGCGUCGCUUGACUUGUGUUUGUCGAUCUAAUCUGCGAUUCAUACCAGUGCGCCAAGAAACCUGCGUUCGCAAGAGCUAUCUCCGGCUUCCUGCACUCAUUCUCAUGAAUAAGCAGCUGUGA